AUGCACCUGCAAGCGUGCAUGCACCUGCAUGCAUGCAGCUGCAUGCAUGGCCCUGCAUGCAUUGCCCUGCAUGCACGCACCUUUCUGCAUGCAGCUGCAUGCAUGGCCCUGCAUGCAUGCACCUUUCUGCAUGCAGCUGCAUGCAGAAAGGUGCAUGCAUGCAGCUUUCUGCAUGCAGCUGCAUGCAUGGCCCUGCAUGCAUGCACCUGCAUGCACGCAUGCGUGGAUUCGCAGGUGCUGCUGCUGGACUGCCCGCUGGAGUACAAGAAGGGGGAGAGUCAGGCGAGCGUGGAAGUGACGAAAGAGUCGGAGUGGAGAGAGUUGUUGGAACAAGAAGAGGCGGAAGUGGCUGCGAUGUGUCGCUGCGUGGUGGAGAGCGGGGCCAAUUUGGUCUUCACCGAAAAAGGGGUUUCGGACUUGGCGCAGCACUUCCUGGCCAAGGCUGGAGUUUCAGUUAUUCGCAGAGUCCGCAAGACAGACAACAACAGAAUCAGCAGAGCCACCGGAGCCACUGUGGUUUCCAGGCCCGAAGAAAUCCUCAAGUCCGACUUGGGCACGCACUGCGGCCUCUUCGAAGUCCGAAAAAUCGGGGAUGAGUACUUCACCUUUUUGCUUGAGUGCAAGGAGGGCACUGCAUGCACUAUUGUUUUGAGGGGAGGCAGCAAGGACGUCCUCAACGAAGUGGAGCGCAACCUCCAAGACGCCCUUAACGUCGCCCGCAAUAUUCUCCUCGAUGGAAAACUUCUGCCAGGUGGAGGCGCCCCCGAAAUGGCCGUGGCUGCCAGACUCCUCGACAAGGCCAAAAGCUUAGACUCCCUUCACCAAUAUUCUUACAGGGCCGUGGCCUCCGCCCUCGAAGUCAUUCCAAGAACACUUGCCCAAAACUGCGGCGCAAACGUUGUGAAGGUGAUGACGGACUUGCGGGCGAGCCACAGCCGGCUGGACAGCCCCGAAGCUGCAUGCAUUGGAGUGGAUGGCGAAACUGGCGAAGUUUGCGAUAUGAGCAAAAAGAUGGUUUGGGACUGUUUGUCCGUCAAAGAACAAGUCUUCAAGCUGCGGUGCUGCUGCGCAUCGACGAUGUGCUCUCGGGGGUUAGAAAAGAUGGGAAAGGGGGGGCCCCAGGAGAAGACGGGGCCCCUGAAGACAUGGAGACCUUUGGGGAUGCUCGUGACGGGUAAGCUGCGAAAGCAGCAGCAGCAGCUGCUGCUGCUGUUGCAGCAGCAGCAGCAGCAGCAGCAGCAGCAGCGGAAGGAACAGCAGCUGCUGCAGGAGCGGCAGGAAGAGCUGCAGCAGAAGCUGCAGCAGCUGCUGCAGCGGCAGCGGCAGGGAGGGCUGCAGCAGCUGCUGCAGCGGCAGCGGCCUAAGAUACUGCAGCAGCUGCAGCAGCAGCAGCAGCAGCAGCAGCAGAUGCUGCAGCAGCGCUGCAGGGCAUUUGCCACUUGUCCUUUACCCUGUUCAUGCGCCGAUGGCAGAAAGUGA